UAUCAUUAAUGUGGCACAUACUUGCGGAACGAACACGAAAGAUAAUGAGUAUUGUAAUAUAUACUUCUCCCUGCUAGACUGUUACAUUCAUGCUCUCUCUCUCUCUCUCUCUCUCUCUCUCUCUCUCUCUCUCUCUCAUAUAUAAAUCAGUGCGCGCGCACUACUACAAAGAGUUGAAUGUGUAUAAAUAAACUGUUCUUCUCUUGAGAUAAAUAUGAAUAGCAGAAGAAGUAAAUGAAAUUCAUUUGGGGAAUUGGGAGAAACUUCCCAAGAACUGCUAAAAAGUAGUCUGUUAGCUCUCCAUUUUUGUAGGGCUCAUUCACCAAUCAACCGCACCGUUUUUGGGAGGGAGUGAGUAAAGAUGACUACUACCAGAGCACGGAUGAGUUUGCAGCCCAUCAAGCCUGAUCAUGGAAAUCAGGAGAAAGUGGAAAAAAUGCAGAGUAGCUGGAUAAUGGAUGCUCAUAAACCAAGUGCGAGCCGUCGUAAUCGAAGUUCGAUUAGAGAUCGAAAGAUGGCAUUGCAACAAGAUGUUGAUAAGUUAAAGAAAAGACUUAGACACGAAGAAAAUGUUCACAGAGCUCUCGAGAGAGCCUUUACUAGACCGCCCGGAGCUCUUCCUCGUCUCCCUCCGUAUCUUCCGGCUCACACACUCGAGCUUGUAGCUGAAGUGGCUGUUUUGGAAGAAGAAGUUGUUCGCCUCGAAGAAAAAGUAGUUCAUUUCAGACAAGGACUAUAUCAAGAAGCUGUCUACAUUUCUUCGUCCAAGAAGAAUAUCGAUAAUUCAGCUGAUUUUUGUCAAAUUAAACCGAAGCAAUCCAAGUCAUCACUUUUACCUUCUCUUUCAGAUGAAAUGAGAGAAAAAGAGAACCGAUCAAGCACCGAUUCCUCGAAGAACAAACAACUAUCACCAAAUUUAAAAGUACAACCGGUAGAAACUCCCGUGAAAAAGCAUCCCACUAAACGCAGAUCGGUUGUAUUACAGUUGGAAAAGCGAGUAACGGAGGAUGGUAGUUCAGAAGGGAAGAAUAUUCCGGAUCAUGAGGAAAUAUCGUUAAUAGACGAGAAUCCAAACAGAAUAUCCGAGAGCAUUUUGAAAUGUUUAAUGAACAUAUUUUCAAGAAUGAGCUCCAAAAAUAAUCGGAUAAUAUCUUUUGAUAGUGAUCCUUAUAAUUUGUGUUCCAUGUUCGGUACGAGAGAUAUUGGUCCGUAUAAGCAUUUAUCUUCAAUUGGCUCGGACUCUAUUGAUCGAGACCGAACAACCAUAUCCAUAUUUCUUGUUCAAAGAUUAAAGAAUCUGUUUCGGAGACUUGCAAGAAUUAGCUUCAAGGGACUAAGCCAUCACGAGAAGCUUGCCUUUUGGAUAAACGUUUACAAUUCGUGCAUGAUGAAUGCAUUUAUCGAGUACGGCGUUCCAGAGUGUCCCGAACGGGUUGUUGAGCUGAUGCAAAUGGCAACGGUAAAUGUCGGUGGGCACAUUCUAAAUGCAAUAACCAUCGAGCAUUUCAUAUUGAGACUGCCUUAUCACUCGAAAUAUACUUUCUCGAAAGCCACGGAGUACCAAGAGAUGAUGACACGUGGCAUUCUCGGAUUGGAAUUAUCCGAACCGUUGGUUACAUUUGCUCUCUCUUGUGGAAGCUGGUCAUCCCCUGCUGUUCGAGUUUACACUGCAUCUCGAGUUGAAAACGAGCUCGAAACUGCAAAGAGAGAGUACUUACAAGCAGCAAUCGGCAUUUCGAACAUUAAAGAAUCUAUAGCAAUACCGAAGUUAUUGGAUUGGUACAUGCUCGAUUUCGCCAAGGAUUUCGAUUCGUUGAUGGAUUGGAUAUGUCAUCAACUACCAACCGAACUUGGAAAAGAAGCAAUGAAAUGCGUGCAAUCUUUUCGGAUAAUGCCUUAUGAAUUUAGGUUUAGGUACCUUUUACACACGUGAAUAAGGUUUAGUUCUUGUUCGUUUCGUCGCGAUAAAUUUCCGCCCUUUUUCUUGGAGUUCGAUUUUCUUCAACAUAGAUAUAGAUAUAUGUAAAAAAA